AUGACGGCAAAAUCUGGCAUGUAUUUGCCCCAUUCAUCAUUUCACUGUUUCUGGGAGGAUCGAAUUGACUGGAUUACCAAACCCAUUGAAAAUGCCGACUAUUGUGUUGUUGAAACUAGAUUGUUUGCAGCAACUAUUGCAACUAUUACAACUGCUACCCAUAUUAUUGUUAUCAAGUUUCGAGAUCAACUCGUUUUACAUUUCCAUUUCCAUUCAUUUCCUGACACCCUACAAAUACCAAUAAUGAGCUCACUGUGGUCCCGUCUCAACAUCCUAUCGGCUCUUUCUCCAAAACAGUCUUGCCGUAGUGUGCAAAACACUAUUCCCCAACCAACCAAUGCUUGUGAAAAUGCACCACACCUUGCCGAAGCAAGCAUGAAUCCAGAAAGUUCAAAUCAGGAAAACAUAUAUACUGAUAUGUAUACAUCCAGCCCAAUCAGUGCAAUCAGUACAAUCAGUGCAAUCAAUGAUCCAAGAAUCCCUGCUUCACCAAUCUCAUCCUUGAUUGAGGCAGUUAGGAUACUGCAGUCUGGAAAGCAAUGUGACUCUACAGUAUCAACCAUAUAUACUGCAGAGUCCAUUGCACCAGAUUCAGCAGUGACUGGUCAUUCAUCAGGACCCGUUGAGCAUUAUACCGAUGCUCAAGCAUCUAUGCUGUCAUACAGCUAUGCUAAACGGGUUUUGGCGUGUGACAAACCGCCUUUUGAAACUCGGUAUAAAGCUGACCAGAUGAUGUACACAAGCAACCCAAUCACGGUACUCAACCAGAUCCUGUUCAGUGUUUGCAGUCUCUGCAGUGGUGACUGGACCAAACUCAUGAUUGCUGAAAACAUGGCAAGAUCACCGCAUCAAUCAACCAGUACCGUUUCCUCGACCACCCAAUGCAUCCGUGACAAAUGUAAGGUGCUUUCGAUUGAUCCAGACAGUGCAUCUGCGUCUGAUGCAACUCGACUGGUAUAUGUAGUUGGAUCUGUGGGCAUGCGAUUGAUCAACAACGAUUUGUCAGUGUACACGCAGACCAACAAUUUGCGUGGUAUCAGUCCAAUCCAAACUACUGGCAGGGCAACUCGAGGUAAUAUGAACUCGAUUGGAAACGUUGACUUUUUCAUAUCGAUGGACGAGAUGCUACAAACAGUCACAUACCUCACCAUGCAAGUUGUAUCCUUGAAAACUGAUCUGAUCGCUGUGACUAGCGCAUUUGGUCAGUUGCAGAGCCAAACCAAUGACAUUGUUGUCAUGAUGACCAAACACGACAAUGUCAUUCGAUCAUUACUGGGACAGAUCUUGGUCAAACUGGACUCUGGUUGCUCACCAACACAUGCAGUUGUUAUACCAGUUGUGGUAUUCGAAACCAUUUCCACGACUGUGGACAUCAUCGCAACAGUGACUGUGUUUUGUCCACAAAGUCAAUUCAAGUUGUUUAUAUGCAACAACAGCACGUUGCACACACACGCAGACUGUCGAUACGGAAUGCCAAGCAACAAUCGACUUAUUCCGUAG